AUGCGCUGCAUCGCCCACAUCGAUAUGGAUUGCUUUUAUGCUCAGGUGGAAGCUGUGCGGCUCGGCGUCGACUGCCGAACGGAACCUUAUGUUCUUUCUCAGUGGGGCAACCUUAUAGCAGUAAAUUAUCCUGCACGCAAGUUUGGAAUUGGUCGGUUUGACACUGUGACUGAUGCACUGGAGAAGUGCCCUCACGUAAAAAUUUCACACGUCGCCACGUAUGCCGCUGGAGAGGUGGAGUAUCGCUACCACGAAAAUCCCAGUAAGCAAACGCACAAGGUAGCCCUAGAGCCUUACAGAGAAGCUAGUCGGAAAAUAUUCCGCAUUUUAGAUAGUUUUGAUGGAGUGGAAGUUGAAAAGGGUAGCGUGGACGAGGCAUUCCUCGACGUAACGAAAGCUGCUCAUAUGAAGCAAGGUGAGAUGGGAUUGCUCUCAUCGCAGGGUGAGCUCCGCCUGGAGGACGUUGCAGAUCCAACUACAAUUGUGAUUCCAAGCCGUCAGGCCGAAAUCGCUGCGUGGCUCAAAGAACACGGAAGGGAGUUUAGUGAUGUGUUUGACGUAACGCUACAUCCCCAACCAACGGCGGAGAACAUGUCACUUCUCGCUGCAGCCUCUCGUGUUGUGUGGACCAUACGGCAGAAAAUCUAUGAUGAGCUUCGUUAUGAUUGCUCCGCAGGUAUUGCACACAACAAACUUCUUGCUAAGAGCAUCUCAGCGCGCCAUAAACCGAACCAGCAGACGCUCUUGUUUCCUGAUUGUGUUGCCUCUGUUAUGUGGGAUUUACCCUUCAAGAGCAUUCGUGGAUUUGGUGGGAAAUUCGGCGAGGUUGUUCGACUUGCAUGUGGUGGGAAGGAAACGUGUCGUGAGGCUUGGCUACAUUCCCUAUGCGCGAUGAGCAAGUUUUUUGAAAGUGUAGGAGAUGCAGAAUAUGCAUACCGUCGCUUACGUGGCUAUGAUGAGGGGAAAAUAAGAGAGCGAUCUAUUUCAAAGAGUUUGAUGGCAUCAAAGGCGUUUAGCCCACCGUCGUCCACUGCAAACGGUGUGCAAAAGUGGGUCACGGUUCUGAGCGGCGAACUUUCCGCCCGCUACGAGGAUUUCUGCAAUACAUACGGAGUAAAGGGACACUCAUUCAAUGUGAAGCUAGGCAACCGCGGCCUUGACCAGCCGAGCAGUGUUGCAAACAAAACCUUCCCGCUGCCGGAACUUGUGACGCCGCAAACACUCGUGUCCGCUGCAAUGCAGUGCGUCACGGCAAUUAUGGCCAAUCGACCGGGUGUAGUGGUAAAUGCGGUAAUGCUCACCAUUGGAUCAUUUAAGAAGCAGGAAAGCGACGAAAGCGGGGUCCGAAGCCAGCAAACGACCCUUAGGGAUUUUUUUAAAUUGAAGAACCCCGGGAAACGUGAGCGAAAUCAUACUGAUGAGGCCAUGGUAAUUACCCUAUCGUCCUGCCCCUCCUCCCCCGUAUCACGUGAAUCUUUGAAGAGCACCCCAGGAACAAGGGUGGUGUUUGAUGUGGAGGACGAUGGAGACGAUGAGGAGGGGGAAAGCGGAGAGAAGGAUGUACACAUCAUUGACUGA